AUGAAGCACCUCACCAUCGACCCCUCCACAUCUGGUCUCCCCACCAAAGACCACGUCGCCACAAAAGCUUUUCCAGAAGCCAAGACCACAAAAGUACACCCCUCAAACGCAAAAGAGGAAGACACCAACGCGACCCUCUACUUCAUCGGCACCGCGACGACUAUCCUGGAGUGGGAAGGCAUACGCAUCUUGACCGACCCAAACUUUCUCCAUGCGGGCGAUCACGUGCAUCUCGGUCCUGGCGUGUCCGGAACUCGACAAACCAACCCUGCCAUCGACUUGGAGGAACUACCGCGGAUAGACGCCGUGCUAUUGAGCCAUUAUCAUGAGGACCACUUCGAUAGACUGGUGGAGGAUAAGCUAAGGAGGGAGUUGCCGAUUAUUACGACGCCGCAUGCAAAGAGUUGUUUGGAGGGAAAGGGGGAAGAGAGCUUCACGGCGGUGCAUGCGUUGGACUUUUUUGAGUCGUUGCAGUUGGACGUGAAGGACGGAGGGGGUGCAAAGCAGAAGAAACCAAGUAUCAAGAUUACGGGCAUGCCGGGGAAGCACGUCCCACCUGGGCCGCUGGCUGUCGCGAAUAAUAUUCUCAAGGCGGUCCCUCCUACCAACGGGUGGAUGAUCGAGCUUGGCUAUGCGGAUGGUCCUGAGCAGUUCGAGAACGGUUACCGCAUCUAUAUAUCAGGCGAUACCCUGAUGGUCGACGAGCUGAAAGAAAUCCCAGAGCGGUACAAGGGCCAGAACAUCGACCUGAUGCUAAUCCAUCUAGGUGGAACGACGAUUCCUGGGCCGAGUAUGCCACUGCUAAUGGUGACAAUGGAUGCAAAGCAAGGCGUACAGUUGAUGCAGCUCAUUAAUCCGGAUCUUACCAUUCCGAUUCACUACGAUGAUUACGACGUCUUCAUGUCACCGUUGUCGGACUUCAAGAAGGCGGUGCAGGAGGCAGGCCUUAGCGAUAAGGUCGUGUAUCUGGAUCGGAAGGACCAGUUCAAGUUCAGUGUAAGACAACGUUCUGGCUCCGGAAUGGGUUCAGAGGGGUUGCUGGCGGAGAAAGUGGCUACUCAAGCUGUGUAA